AUGGGCUACAACAUGGCCAAGAACCUACGCGCCAAGAUCCCCGCAUCCGACACUUUGAUUAUCCGUGAUGUCAACGAGGAAGCCGCCAAACGUUUUGUGGCGGAAAUUCAAGAAACCGCUCACGAUCCCAGUGAGAGCCGUGUUGAGAUCGCCCAGAAUGCGCGUGAAGUUGCAGAGAAGUCGACUGUCAUGAUUACCAGUCUUCCCGAGUCACAACAUGUCAUUGAUGUGUUCCAUUCCAUUCUCAAGGACGGCAAGCUUCCAGCGCUCGAAGAGGAGCGUCUAUUUAUCGACACAUCAACCAUUGACCCCGUGACAUCUAAGGAUAUUGCUAACGCAAUCCACACUACGCAAGCUGGGAGGUUCGUGGACGCGCCAGUCUCGGGUGGUGUGGUUGGCGCUCGGGCAGGUACUCUAUCUUUCAUGUUCGGCGCUUCCUCCCAGUCGGAAGAAUUCCUCGAGCGUAUCCGAGGAGUCCUGGCUCACAUGGGCAAGAAGGCAUGGCACCUUGGGGAGCCAGGCUCUGGAGUCUCAGGCAAGCUCGCUAACAAUUACAUGCUGGCAAUCAACAACAUUGCAACUGCCGAGGCCAUGAAUCUUGGUAUCCGCUGGGGAUUGGACCCCAAGGCGCUAGCUGAUCUGAUCAACUCAUCGACCGGUCGCUGCUGGCCCUCGGAAGUCAAUAACCCUGUCCCAGGGGUGGUCGAGUCUGCACCCGCAUCGCGCGGCUACGAAGGCGGAUUUGGAGUCAGUCUGAUGAACAAGGAUCUACGGCUGGCUCUUGAGGCCGCGGACCAGGCGGGCGCUACUUUGGCCCUCGGUGACGAGGCACGCAAUGUUUACAAUGCUGUGGAAGAAGCUCACCGUGGCAAGGAUUUCUCCGUUGUAUAUCAGUGGCUGCAGAGCAAGUCUGAGUGA